AUGGCUUUUUUACCCCUUAAAGUGCCACGUGUGACUGCAUCAUCUCUUUUUAUUUCAUUAUUAACUGUCUUGAUUGUGUCACCUUCUAUGAGAUGCCAAAGCAUAGCAACAGAUUCUCCAAUAGCUACUAAUGGAGCACCAUUUCCAUGGGAUAAGAUGCGGCUUCCCAGCUACAUUGUUCCAGUUCAUUAUAAUCUUAUGAUCCAUGCCAAUCUCACCACUUUGACAUUCUUGGGAGCCACUGAAGUAGAAAUCAUCACCAGUCGGCCCACCAAUUUCAUCAUUCUACAUAGCCAGCACCUGCAGAUCACCAAGGCGACCCUCCGAGAAAAAAGCCAAGAGAGUCAGGCAGAGCAGCCCCUGACAGUCCUAGAGUACCCCCCCAACGAGCAAAUCGCACUUCUGGCAGACGAGCCUCUCCUGAUUGGACGUCAGUACAUAGUUACCAUGGAAUACACUGCCCCUCUUUCCGAGACCUUGCAUGGAUUUUAUAAAAGUUCUUAUAGAACUCAGAAGGGAGAAGUGAGGAUACUAGCAUCCACACAGUUUGAGCCAACUGCAGCUCGGAUGGCCUUUCCCUGCUUUGAUGAACCAGCCUUUAAAGCCAAUUUCUCAAUCAAGAUUAGAAGAGAACCACGGCACCUUGCUAUUUCUAACAUGCCCUUAAUAAAAUCCAUGAAUAUUGCUGAAGGACUAAUAGAGGACCACUUUGACGUCACUGUGAAGAUGAGCACUUACCUCGUUGCUUUUAUUAUUUCGGAUUUUGAAUCUGUCAGCAAGAUGACCAAAAGUGGAGUCAAGGUUUCUGUGUAUGCUGUGCCAGAGAAGAUUAGCCAAACAGGCUAUGCCCUUGAUGCUGCAGUGACCCUUCUGGAGUUUUAUGAGGAUUAUUUCAGGAUUCCAUAUCCUUUACCCAAACAAGAUCUUGCUGCCAUCCCUGACUUUCAAUCUGGUGCCAUGGAAAAUUGGGGACUGACAACGUACAGAGAAUCCGGACUGUUGUAUGAUACCAAAAAAUCCUCUGCUUCCAGCAAACUUUGGAUCACCAUGAUUAUAGCUCAUGAACUGGCCCAUCAGUGGUUUGGGAAUCUUGUCACUAUGGAAUGGUGGAAUGAUCUAUGGCUAAAUGAAGGAUUUGCAAAGUUUAUGGAGUUUGUGUCUGUCAGUGUGACCCAUCCAGAUUUGAAAGUUGAAGAUUAUUUCUUUGGAAAAUGUUUCAGUGCCAUGGAAACGGAUGCAUUAAAUUCUUCUCAUCCUGUGUCCACACCUGUGGAAAAUCCUGCUGAGAUUCGGGAAAUGUUUGAUGAUGUUUCUUAUGAAAAGGGAGCUUGUAUUUUGAAUAUGCUAAGGGACUAUCUUAGUGCAGAUGUAUUCAAAGCUGGCAUUGUGCAAUAUCUCCAGAAAUUCAGUUAUAAGAAUACCAAAAAUGAGGAUCUGUGGAAUAGUAUGACAAAUAUGUGUCCCACAGGUGAUACACAAAAGACAGAUGGAUUUUGCUCAAGAAAGCAAUCGAUAUCCUCACCUUCUCACUGGAGCCAGGAGGUUGUUGAUGUGAAGACUAUGAUGAACACGUGGACACUACAAAAAGGGUUUCCACUGAUCACUAUCUCCAUGAAGGGAAGGAAUGUCCAUGUAAGACAAGAACUCUAUAGGAAGGGAACCAAUCACUCUGAAGAAACUGGAUAUUUAUGGCAUGUUCCUUUGUCAUACAUUACCAGCAAAUCAGACAAAGUUGAAAGAUUUUUGCUAAGAACAAAAACAGAUGUCCUCAUCCUCCCAGAAGAGGUGGAAUGGAUCAAAUUCAAUGUGGGAAUGUAUGGCUACUACAUUGUACAUUAUGAGGGUGAUGGAUGGGAAUCUUUGACCGGCCUCUUAAAAGAAAAGCAUAUGACAAUCAGCAGUAAUGAUCGAGCGAACCUCAUUAACAAUGCAUUUCAGCUUGUCAGCAUUGGAAAAUUAUCUAUUGAAAAAGCUUUGGAUUUAAGUCUGUACCUGAAACGUGAGACUGAAAUUAUGCCUGUGUUCCAAGGUUUGAAUGAGCUGAUUCCUUUGUAUAAGUUAAUGGAGAAAAGAGAUAUGGAUGAUGUAGAAACUCAAUUUAAGGCUUUCCUCAUCAGGUUGUUUAAGGACCUCAUUGACAACCAGACAUGGACAGACGAAGGCUCAGUCUCACAGCGAAUGCUGCGCAGCCAGCUCCUUCUCCUUGCUUGUGUGCGCCAGUAUCAACCUUGUGUUCAGAAGGCAGAAGAAUAUUUCAAGAAAUGGAAAGAAUCCAAUGGAACUUUUCACUUACCAAAUGAUGUGACCAGUGCUGUGUUUGUUGUUGGGGCACAGACCACAGAAGGCUGGGAUUUUCUCUUUGAGAAGUAUCAGAUUUCUUUAUCCAGUACUGAGAAAAACAAAAUUGAACUUGCACUUUCUAUCAGCCAUAAUAAAGAAAAGCUUCAAUGGUUACUGGAUCAGAGUUUUCAGGGGGAUAUAAUAAAAACUCAGGAGUUUCCACAUAUUCUUAGUUCUGUGGGCAGAAAUCCAAAGGGUUAUCAUUUGGCUUGGCAAUUUCUGAAGGAAAAUUGGAAUAGAAUCAUACAGAAGUUUGAACUUGGCUCAGCUUCUAUAGCUUACAUGGUGAUUGGAACGACAAAUCAGUACUCUACCAGGGAGCGACUCAAGGAGGUGAAAGAAUUCUUCAGCUCUCUGAAUGAAAAUGGUUCCCAGCUUCGCUGUGUCCAGCAAACACUUGAGACGAUUGAAGAAAACAUACGCUGGAUGGAUCAAAAUUUUGAGAAAAUCAAAGUAUGGUUACAAAAGAGCCCCAGCUCAUUGUAACUUUUUAUGUCUUGCCGGGUUCCUGUGAUCUACUGUAAUUACCACAUUUUGUGAUGAAAGUGAACUUAAAAAGAAAAUAAAAAGCCUUUUUUUUUUUUUUUUUGCUACAAGAGGGAUAUAUUUUCUAACAUUUAAAAAAAGAUGGUUUCUUGCUCCAUUAUGUUCAUUUUUCUAUUCCCAUGACUUAUCAUUUCUCUCAGCAGGGUUAUUAACAUAGAUAUUUACAAGAGCUAAAUCAGUAUAUGCCACAAGCAUGUAAAGAAUGCUUCAGUGUUUUGCAUCUGAAUUCAAGACCUCUUGCUACCUCCUAUGCAUUUGGGCCAGUUUCCUCACCUAUAAAAUAAAGAUAACAACUCAUAACUACCUACCUCACAGGAUUCUAAGAUCUUUAUAAACUUUAAAUUAUUAAGCCCAAGUUAAUAUGUAAGAAGGAUGUCUAUUAUAAUUUUUUUCUCUUUCAGAAAGAAAAAAAUGAGAUGAAUAACAUGGUGAAAACUGGCAGGAAAUAGAACAAAUAAACUCCAAAAUUAGAAUACAAAGUCUACUGUUUAAAAAAAUUAGGGUUCCUAUUAGGGUUUAGAAAAGCGGUACUUAUUCGGAGUUUGUUGACCUCUUCAACUUAGAUGGGAAAAAUUAUACUUGAUUAUUUCGGUAUAAUUGGUUUCCUUUGAAUUCUCAUAUAUACUAUUUAUGGACUUAAAAACAUCAUUUUGAGAAGAAGUCCAUGGCACAAAAGGGGCAAUGAAGCAAAAAUGUUUAGCUGAGAUUGAGCUCUAUAUUUGACCUAUAAGGUCUUAUUGUUUGGUGAUAAGGUGAUAGGAAGGGAGAAACAUGAAUUGAUUAAUUUGAUCUAAUCAUGAGUGCUAAAGUAGCUAUAAAAUUUGAAUGCCAAUGAAGAACAAUUAAGUCAAAAGAUAUUAAUUGUAUUAGCAUUAGCAUUAAGAUAGCAAAAUACUGCAAGAUGACUGUAACUACUUCAUACAAGAUUGUAUAUGAGUCUAAAUGAGAACUGACCACCUUUGUAGGUUACAUGAAUUAAAAAAGAUACCGAGGAUAUUGUGUUAAACACACUAAGCUGCUGAAGAGAUGGAAGUAAUGAUAUUUCAUUGUACUUGAGUACUUGAGACAUAAUAACUUAAAACAAGAAUGCUAGUAAUACUUUUCUGGAUAAUGUUUUAUAAGCUUGCACCUUUUGUUAUUUGAGAAAUACAACUUUAUGAACAUCAAACAAAUCCUAUUAAAAAUAAACACAACCAAAAACUGGUGAAAGUGA